CAGUUGUUUCACCAGAAACGAGGAGGUGUCAAAGUUGGCGAUGUGACAAGUUUGCGUACUGAAACCGAGACGUUUAAAGUUCUGGGGUAUAUGUGUGUGUCUGUGUCCUUCGGCGUGUCCAUGGUGCUACCCUGAGGUUAGCUUCUGUCUCUAAAAAGGAGCACCAUGGCGAUGUGGAUUCAGGCCCAGCAGCUGCAGGGCGAGGCCUUGCACCAGAUGCAGGCACUGUAUGGUCAGCACUUUCCAAUUGAAGUGCGACACUACCUGGCCCAGUGGAUUGAGAGCCAGCUCUGGGAUUCAGUGGACCUGGACAACCCGACAGAGGAGCCCAAGGCCAAACGUUUGUUGGACAACUUGGUGGCUGAGCUUCAGAGAAAAGCCCAGCUUCAGGGAGGAGAAGAUGGCUUUUUGCUUAAAAUCAAGCUGGGCCAUUAUGCCAACCAGUUCAAGAGUACCUAUGACCGUUGCCCCCUGGAGCUGGUGCGCUGCAUUAAACACAUUCUGCACUCAGAGCAGAGACUGGUUCAAGAAGCAACAAAUGCCAGCUCUGAAACUGUGGGCCAGGCUAUGGACAGUCUGUCACAGCGCCACCAGCAGAUCAACCAGGCCUUCGAGGAGCUCAGACUGGCCACACAGGAGACUGAGAAUGAACUCAGAAAGCUGCAGCACAGCCAGGAAUAUUUCAUCAUCCAGUACCAGGAAAACCUGCGCAUCCAGGCCCAGCUCAGCAGCCUCUCCUCAUUGCCUCCAGCUGAGCGAACCCAGCGGGAGACCACCCUGCAGACUAAGAGGGCCACCGUGGAGGCCUGGCUCGCAAGAGAAGCCAGCACACUACAGAAAUACAGGCUUGACUUGUCAGAACAACACCUCAAGACUCUGGGCCUGUUAAGGAAACAGCAGACUCUCAUCCUCGAUGAGGAGCUCAUCCAGUGGAAGAGGAGGCAGCAGCUGGCGGGAAACGGGGGCCCUCAUGAGGGAGGGCUGGAUGUCCUCCAAUCAUGGUGUGAAAAGCUGGCUGAUUUAAUUUGGCAGAACCGGCAGCAGAUCCGACGUUGUGAACAUUUAACCCAGCAACUUCCUCUGCCAGGACCAAUGGAGGAGUUGCUGAGCAAGCUGAACAGUGACAUCACAGAUAUCAUCUCUGCUCUGGUUACAAGCACCUUCAUUAUAGAAAAGCAGCCGCCGCAGGUGUUAAAGACACAGACCAAGUUUGCAGCCACUGUCCGUCUCCUUGUGGGUGGAAAGCUCAACGUCCACAUGAACCCUCCCAUGGUGAAGGCGGUCAUUGUGAGUGAGCAGCAGGCCAAGGCUCUGCUGAAGAACGAGAGCACACACAGUGAAAGCAGUGGAGAAAUCCUCAACAACACCUGUGUGAUGGAAUAUCACCAGGCCACUGGUACCCUCAGUGCACAUUUCAGAAACAUGUCCUUGAAGAGGAUCAAGCGAUCGGACCGUCGAGGUGCAGAGUCUGUGACGGAGGAGAAGUUCACUGUUCUCUUUGAAUCUCAGUUCAGCGUUGGUGGGAACGAGCUGGUCUUUCAUGUCAAAACUCUGUCACUUCCUGUGGUAGUCAUUGUCCACGGUAGUCAGGAUAACAAUGCCACAGCCACAGUCCUGUGGGACAACGCUUUUGCUGAGCCGGGCAGGGUACCCUUCAUUGUUCCAGACAAAGUUCUGUGGCCGCAGCUGUGUGAGGCCCUGGAUAUGAAGUACAAGGCAGAGAUGCACAGUAGUCGUGGGCUCUCGGAGGAUAACCUGGUCUUCUUGGCACAGAAGGCUUUCUCCAGCAGCAGUAAUAACCCAGAAGACUACAACGGCAUGACCAUCUCCUGGGCACAGUUCAACAGGGAGAGCUUACCUGGACGUAACUUCACCUUCUGGCAGUGGUUUGAUGGAGUUGUGGAGCUCAUGAAGAAGCAUCUCAAGCCUCACUGGAAUGAUGGGGCCAUCCUGGGUUUUGUAAACAAGCAGCAGGCUCAGGACAUGUUGAUGUCCAAACCCAAUGGCACCUUCCUGCUGCGGUUCAGUGACUCUGAGAUCGGAGGCAUCACAAUCGCCUGGGUGGCCGAGAAUCCCAACAAACCAGGUGAGAGGCUGGUCUGGAAUCUGCUUCCUUACACUACUAAAGAUUUCUCCAUCCGCUCCCUGGCCGAUCGCAUCAGUGACCUGAAUCACCUUCUGUUCCUUUACCCUGAUCGGCCGAAAGAUGAGGUUUUUGCCAAAUACUACACCCCCCCACUCUCUAAAGCAGUGGAUGGAUACGUGAAACCACAGAUCAAACAAGUUGUACCUGAUUUUGCCAACCCAAACUCCACUGAGUCCACUGGAGCAGCUCAUCCAUUUAUGGACCAGACGACAUCUCCUUCUGUGGGCCACCCCAACAACUUUAGUGUUUUCCCCCCUAUGGGUGAUGCCAUGUUGGAUGCCGACGGAGACUUUGACCUAGAAGAUACGAUGGACGUGGCCCGUCAUGUAGAGGAGCUGCUCCGCAGGCCUAUGGCCAACCAGUGGAGCAGCCAACAGUCCUGAACCUUCUCUAUAUCUAAAGGUUUUCACCAGAAAAACCUACACCCAUCAUUCUCUCUGAACUACAUCCAGUGGCAGAAACUGCCCUUUUCUCGCCAGGUCCCAUCAACAAAUCUAGGCAGAUCGAAGAAUCUGCUCUGAAAAUGGUGAAAAUCGUUUCCAGAAGUUUUUUGUUAAUGUCCUCUUCCUCCCUUUAUUAUGGAUUCUCAGGGUGGUCAUCGGGACGUGGUUCUAAAAUGGUAGUUUUAUACAAUGCUGAAACGUACAGUUAGCUUUGCAGUUCUUUAUGCCUGAUGAGCUUUGCAUAAAAAUCAAUCAAGGUGAAGAAAAUAACUUCAGAUUAUAUUUUCCAGUUUUUACUUUUUCUUAUUAUAUCUAUAUGCUCUGUAUAAAAUGGGAUAUCUACCAAUAGUUUGAUCUAGAAAAUCCAGAACAUUAAGUCUUACGGUGAGACUGUUUAUUUUCUGCUGAACAUUAGCCACUGUGAACAACAGUAGUAUUUGCAGGAGGAUGAUGGGAAACUGAAGUUUCUUUCAUUUGAAAGGUCCUGUGGAAUUAUUUUUUUAAAGAGCCACUGCUCAAUUAUUAGCUACGAUAUGGCAGAAAAUGUUGUUGGCCACAGCGAUAGUAAUUAGUGUACCUAAACAACGUGCAUGUGUGAUAGCCCCUAAAGUAAAUUAGGUCAUGUAUUAAUGUGUCCCACACCCUUUGUAAUAGAUCUAACAUGGUACCUAAAGACACUAACGCAGGCAUGAGCAAACUAAGGCCCAGGGGCCGUGGUUUGCUUUUUAAUCCAGCCCUCCAAACUUCUUAAAAUGUUAGACCUAAUGUGUCCCGCAGGUCAAAAGGUUUGCCCACCCCUGCACUUACGUGUAUCUCAAGGGAUUUUUAUCUCAGGUGGAUUGACGUGGGUGCACAGGCUUUUUUUUUUUUUUUUUCAACUUGACACACUCAAAAUCUCAAAUUUUACAAAACACACCACGUUUAAGUUCAUGAUUACAAAAACAUUCAUGCAAAGAAAAUAGUCUGACUUCCUUUAGUCAAUUUGAAUUCGGUGUCCCCUCUCAUGUAUGUGCCUUGGAAUAUAAACAAAAAUGCAGAUGUCUGUCUCAC